AUGGUGAUUGUUCAUCCAAUUUGUGCAGCGUCGGUUAUUAAUGAAAAUUCAACAACUGAAAUUGUUAAUGUUCAUCGAAUUGCUGAGAAUAACACAAUGUUACUUCAAAAUGCCGAAAUUGCUGAGUCAAACGGUCGAAUGGUUUGUACUGGUGGUCAGGUUAAUCCAACAUGCUGGAUAAAACAUGUACAAAUAUCAAGUGAUUGUCAAACAACAAAUGUACAAUUAGUUCAUGAUAAUAGAGGUGUUUAUCUUCAAGCCUUGAGGACAAUUAAACCAGGUGAAAUAUUAUUCAUGUGGUUCAGUGAUACAAUUUUAAAUAUGAUGGAAAUUCCCGGCUACUUGAAUCCAUUCAACAUUAUUGAUAAAAAUCGAUAUCAAUGUGGUACCUGUAAAUCAAUAAUGGAAUAUCCAAAUACACUAAAAAUUCACAUUGGUUUAAAUUGUGAUAGCCUGCCUUUAAAUAAUUUAUGGAAAAAAAUGUCAAAUAAUUUUAACUCAAGCCUAAAUUUAUCACGAACAUUAACAACAUUUAAAUUUGAAUUAAAACCAUCAACCAUCAGAUUAACCCCAACAUUAUCACCAAAAAAUCACCACGAUAAAACACGACAAUACACACUAUCCCCAUUGUCAUCAUCAUCAAUUGUUGAUGAUGCUCAUGCAGCACAUAUCGAAACGAUUUUUAGUAAUAUUGGCAAGUCUGGUGAUGGACAUCGUUGUGUUUAUUGUGGCAAAAUAUAUUCACGUAAAUAUGGAUUAAAAAUUCAUUUACGAACACACACUGGUUUUAAACCUUUAAAAUGUAAAUAUUGUCUUCGUCCAUUUGGUGAUCCAAGCAAUUUAAAUAAACACAUGAGGCUACAUGCUGAAGACACUAAUGCACCAUAUAAAUGUGAUAUUUGCGGCAAGGGACAAAUUAGAAGGAGAGAUUUAGAACGACACAUGAAAGCACAACAUGAUCAACUUAAUAAUUCAGCUGGUAAUGAGACUGAAUUUUAUGAAUCAGAAGUUGAAAUUGAUGUUUAA